AUGUUUCGUUGCUUGCUAAUGUUGUCUUCAUUGGCAAUUACCUGCAAAGCUCUUGAAGUUGAUGAUGCGUGUAAACUAUCGAAUGGCAAAAAUGGAAUCUGCAAAUUGGUGACAAAAUGUCCAAGUGCCAUCGAGCUAAUCAAGAAGAGACAGAUACCGAUACUAUGCGGAUUCGAAGGAUUGACAUCCAUCGUCUGUUGCGAUAAAACUAGACUGUUGACCAAAUCUCGAGAUUCACCUGGAAAGAAGAGCAAAAAUUAUUGCUUAUCCACAUAUCCUCCAAGGUUAGCUGCGGUAGGAGGUGUUCAAUCUUUCGCAAAAGAAUUUCCGCAUAUGGCUGCUUUAGGUGCUAUUAAUGGAGACGAGGUUAAGUGGUUGUGCGGAGGUAGUUUGAUCAACAAAAGGUAUAUAAUAACUGCAGCGCAUUGUCUCAUAUCAAAAGAUUUUGGAAUUUUAACGCACGUACGUUUAGGUGAUCUCAAUUUGAAGUUGGAUACAGACGAUGCAGAGCCUCAAGAUUUCGGAAUCAAACGUGCCAUCAAAUAUCCAGGAUAUAUUAGAACAAAGUCGUACCACGAUUUAGCGUUGCUAGAAUUGGAUCGAAAGGUGAAUUUUACGGAUUACGUGAAACCGGCUUGCUUGAAUGUUGAAAAGAAUUCGACGAAUGGUCAAGUUUUGACUGCAACCGGUUGGGGCAGGACGCAAUUCGGAGGUGAUACCAGCGAUCAUCUGCAGAAAAUCGAAAUUUUCGAAACCAAAAACUCCGACUGCACAUUGAAGUACAAAUAUGAUCCGAAACUGACGUUGGGAGUCGUAGAUGAUUGGCAGAUUUGUGCAAGCGCUCCAGGAAAAGACACGUGUCAGGGUGAUUCUGGUGGACCACUUCAGAAAAAAUCUACCUUCCAUCACACUAUUUAUGGUGUAACUUCGUUUGGUAAAGCCUGCGGAUUGGCUAACUUCCCCGGUGUUUAUACAAGGAUUUCCUAUUAUAUUGAUUGGAUUGAAAAAAUUGUUUGGCCUAAUGGCAUCCACGAUGGUCCUGCUUAA